GCAGAGCUCGGUGGGAGGGUUCAGAUAUAGAAGCUGCCGAAUGCGACCGUUAAACCUCAUUAACUCUGAUCCACCAUGAAGCUGCUGCAGGUGGCGUUUCCUCUGUGGACGCUGAUCGGCGUCACGCUGCAGGCUCCAUCACGAGACAAAUGCAUGUGUGAGCUGAAGAACUCGGAGAAGGCCUUUCCUCACGACAAGCUGAACAUGGUGGAGAAGAACGCCACCGUCUGCAACGGCAAAGUGACGCCGCAGAAGGCCGAAGAACUGGAGGUUCUGCUGCUGGGUUUGGACCGACGUCUGGCCCAGCUGCAUGAAGACGUGUCGGUCCUGGAGAAGGAGGACGACGGAGAUCUGUACGGAGUCCUCAGCCUGCACGUCAUCCACAACGAGAUGACGGAGAUCCGGCUGCUGCUGGACAAACUCAACGCAACCACAGAGGAGCAUCACAGACUCACUGCUGACACCGAACGGCAGCUGGACGAGCUGAAGACUGAGAUGCAGGAGCUGGAGACGUUCGACUCCAUGCAGGUGGUGAAGGGACGAAGAACCAACCAGCGCCUGAGGACGGACCUGAACCACUGCUUGGAUAAACAGAACGCCACGUUGGCGCCGACCCAGCCUCCGUACGGUACAUGUUCUCGGGGUCCACUUAAGAACAUCACCGGGCCGGUGGUCCAAACAACCGGAGAGUAUGGGGGCUCGUAUCCGUACGGAGCUUGGGGUCGGGAUCCCAGACCCGAGCCGGGGAAGGAGCGCUGGUACUGGAUGGUGGCGAUGACGGCCAGCAACAGAUACGGCCACUACGUCCGCCUCUACCACAGUCUGUACAAGCUCAUCGGAGGGGAAACCAACAUCGCGAACGUCCUGAUCCACUCCGCCAACCCGACCACCAACACCAUCCAGGGUCCGAAUGUGGUUCUGUAUGGAGGUGCUCUGUACUACAACUGUUACAACCAACGCCAAGUUUGUCGAUUCCACCUCGCCACCAAAACCGUGACCAAUGUAUACCUGCCCGAAGGCACCAGGUACAACUCAAAGGGGAACUUCUGCCACCUGGACGAGUGCUACCCGUACACCGACCUGGACCUGGCCACAGAUGAGUCCGGUGUCUGGGUGAUCUACACCACCUCCCAGGACUUUGGGAACCUGGUUCUCUCCAAGCUGGAGAAGAGUGAACCGCCGACGCUGGGCCAAACCUGGCGCACUUCGGUCUACAAGCUGGGGGUGACCAACACCUUCAUGGCCUGCGGCGUGCUCUACGCUACGCGCUACGUUAGCAAAGACAUGGAGGAGAUCUUCUACUCGUUCGACACGGUGACAGGGAAGGAGAGGUUCAACAUCGGCAUCUUCAUGAACAAGAUGGCCACCAACAUCCAGGCCCUGAACUACAGCCCUGUGGACCAGAUGCUACACGCCUACAGUGACUCCUACAUGGUCUCUUAUGAGGUUAUCUUUGACUUAUCAGGUGAUUAUUUUUAAAUGUUUUCUUCAGUAAUGUGAUGUUAAUAAAGGCAGGAAGCAUCGGUGUGGUGUGACAAUAUCAGUGCUACACAUGAUUGAUUAUACGCUAAAUUCAGCAUCUUGUACACGUCUCAGUUUGGAUGAUUCCACCAAUACAAUAACUGUCUGUUCAAUAAAUUCAUUUCUCUCCUUU